AUGCCCCAUGACCCUUCUGCGGACGCCCCCAGCCUACUUGCAGGAGAGGGCAAACGAAUUGCUGAUGCGCUGCGGGAGCUUCAGCAGCACAGAAAUCACUUGGAUGUCACGAAGGAUGUGCUGUCUGACCGGCAGCAGAACAUCCAGCUACAAGCCGGGUGGGCGACGCGCGAGUGGGCUGUGCUUACUGGGGCCAUCUUAGAGAUGGCCAUGGACGCGGAGUGUUUGCGGGCGUGUCGCUUUGACAACGCUCAGGACGCGCUGGCCUUUGUGAACUUGCUGAUUCGCACUGCUUCAAACAGAUCAUGGUCAAUGGCCAUUUGGAGUGAAAUUCCGCCUUUCAACUUUGCUGGCAUCUUGCAUGAGUCUGGCGAAAGGCGAGCAGAGGCGCUGGCACGCAUGCGUGACGACUACGAAGUUGUUCAGCGGGCAAUCGAACUUCAAGACGACCCGAACUACAACUCAGAGGAUUGCUGGGCGCAUGGGGCGGCCUUCAACUGGGAUUUGAAUGCGCUCUUUGCUCACGUGCAUCGUGUUUUUGACGGGCCCGUCAGCAGCAAAGAAAGCGCUGAGGAUGUAAUAGGUACUUUGAGCGAUGCGCGCGAGAGGGGGAACCGAAAUCCUUUCAACGCGGUUAGCCCUGAACGCGCCUACAUAGUGCAGCAACCAACCAACAGUUUUCUUUUGCUACACGCCCAUUCUCACAUGUACAGUAGGCCCAGCACUUCUAGGGCCGCCUUGCGCCUCCGGCCCUCAGGCAUGCUGGCUGAUGAAGCUGCUACUCACGAGCGCAACAAGCCGAAAACGGAGAAGCCUGCCUCACAAGAAGCCGACCUGCGCAGUGUUGCGACCCUGCUCACUCUCAGGGAUCUGCGUCCACUUAGUUUCGCAGGUGUGGGCAGCUCUUGGUGUACCUGCUUCUUGUCGCUGCUUGGCCUGUACCAGGACACCGUUUCCAACAAGUACUACCUGUCACUGGGGGUUUACAGCACUGGCGGCUUGGGUUGGCUUGUGGACGAGGUUAGCCCAGGUCUGUUCGUCCUGUGCCGUCCCGGUCAAUCAAAGAACCAGCUUCGCCGACGAAUCCAACUUCUGCGGCUUAGUGACGUGUACGAGCCUGGGAAGAACGAAGAACAUGUGGAGGUGUACCAGGGUGUUCCUUGGGAAGUUAGCCUGCCAACUUCCAACCCUGAGCGCUCUUUGCUGCUGAAACGUUCCGGUGGCAACAUGACCAUCACGAAGUAUUUCCUCAAGCAUGGCUCUUUGGAGUUUGUCACUGACCACCAGGUGGCUGCUUUGACACUUCUUCUAAACUUCACGCCUGAACGCUACGCUGAAAGCAAGCUCGGGGUGAAGUCAAGAUUGACCCUUGGCAAUGGCUAG